AGUUCGCUUAAGUUCGACGAGAGCUAAUGACGGCACGGCGGCGCCCUCGGUGAGAAGGACAACGGCGUCGGUCAGGCUUAGAUUGGGAGCGACUGGACUGGACGAGUGUGGGCCUCGUGGGCCACCUGCAUCCUCCGGCCCAGCGCCACGCGCAGGGUCUUCUUCCUCUUCCAACCAACGCAACGCAAACGCCAUCCACCCAGCAUCGAGCCGCCGGCGCCGUCGGCCAUCCUGCCCCCGCGUCGCUGAGCCCCGCGCAACCCAUCCCCCCCCCCCACCCCACCCCACCCACCGCUCGGGCCCUCGGCAGUCGGCCGCGGGCGCCUGCCGGCCUCCUCGCCCCCGACCCCCGUGCUCCGCCCUAGGUCUUUUCGUGAGCUGGCUUCGCCACUGGCUGCACCUCCGUCUCUCUCGCUUCAUUCGACAGCGCCGUCGUAAAUCGCUGCGCGAGCCGCCGCCGCCACGGGAAAGUCCCCGUCUCUGCCGUUCUCCUCCCUUUCUUCCAGCCAAGAGGCACCAUGUCGUCGCUCGCUGCGGCGAGAGCUGAUAACUUCUACUACCCGCCGGAAUGGAGCCCGAAGAAGGGUGGAUUGAACAAGUUCCAUGGCCAGCAUGCGCUCAGGGAGCGGGCAAGGAAGCUCGAUCAGGGCAUCCUGAUUAUAAGAUUUGAGAUGCCUUUCAACAUUUGGUGUGGUGGAUGCAAUUCGAUGAUAGCAAAGGGAGUAAGGUUUAAUGCUGAAAAGAAACAAGUUGGAAAUUAUUACUCUACCAAGAUAUGGAGCUUCACCAUGAAAUCACCCUGUUGCAAGCAUGAAAUUGUCAUACAAACAGACCCAAAAAAUACUGAAUAUGUCAUAAUCAAGGGGGGCGAGAAGAAGACCGAAGAUUUUGAUGUCGAGGAUGCAGAAACACUGCUGCUGCCUGCAGAUGAAGAUCGAAACAAGCUAGCGGAUCCUAUGUAUCGGCUUGAACACCAGGAAGAGGAUCUUCGAAAGAAGAAAGAAGCUGAGCCAGUUUUAGUUCGCCUUCAACGACUCUCUGACAACCGUCACUCUGAUGAUUAUGCGCUGAAUAGAGCACUCCGCGAUCGUCUUAGGAGCCACAAAAAGAGGGUCGCAGAAGAGAAGUCAUCGGCAAGAAAGAUGGGCCUUGGAGUGCGCCUCUUGCCUCCCUCUGCAGAAGAUGCCGCCAUGGCAGCUUCAGUUAAGUUUGCAUCAAAAUUUGAGAAGAGCAGAAAGGACAAGAGAGCAGCAAUCAAGGCUGCCUCCAUCUUCCCGGAGUCAUCAAGCUCAGCCUCAAAGGGCAAAUUGGACCUGGCACUGAAGGCUCGUAAUAUAAAAGCCAGCACGGCCACCGCCCUGAUGGCAGGCAGUGUGAAGUCGUCCUCGUGGCGGAGUGCCAGUUCCGCGAGCUCAAGGACUCGGAUGCCGGUUCUUGCAGCACGCAAGUAGGCAGCUCGCCUGUCAGCAAGCUUGUGCAAUAUGGGCAUGUCCUAUUAGUUUUGCUGUAAAAGCUGUGCCUGAAGUUAUUGCCUUUAAUAUAUGAAUGAAUGGAAGGAAGUUGCUAUGGUUUUUGGGCUUCUGGCUGCAUCCUGGAUUCCUAGCAGCGCUUUUGGCAUCUAGCAGUGAGCUUUAUACUGGAUUUGCGUAUGUAUAUAUGAUUGUCGCCCUGUACAUUGCUGACUGUUUGUAUUACUUGCUGCUUGAAUAUUGCUUUGUGCUAAGCUGGUAACUGGUUUUGCGCGGUUUCUGGAA